GCGGUGGCCGCCUCGAAGGCCCCGGUGUGCCAGAAAAUCACGGUGCCCAUGUGCCGCGGCAUCGGCUACAACCUGACGCACAUGCCCAACCAGUUCAACCACGACACCCAGGAGGAGGCGGGCCUGGAGGUGCACCAGUUCUGGCCGCUGGUGGAGAUCCACUGCUCUCCGGACCUGCUCUUCUUCCUGUGCUCCAUGUACACGCCCAUCUGCCUGCCGGACUAUCACAAGCCCCUGCCGCCCUGCCGCUCCGUGUGCGAGCGCGCCAAGGCCGGCUGCUCGCCGCUCAUGCGCCAGUAUGGCUUCGCGUGGCCCGAGCGCAUGAGCUGCGACCGCCUCCCCGUGCUGGGGCGCGACGCCGAGGUCCUGUGCAUGGAUUACAAUCGCAGUGAGGCCACCACGGUGCCUCCUAGGCUCUUCCCGGCCAAGCCCACCCUCCCAGGCCCGCCGGGGGCACCCUCCUUGGGAGGUGAGUGCGCCGCUGGGGGCCCGUCGGUGUGCAAGUGCCGGGAACCCUUCGUGCCCAUCCUGAAGGAGUCGCACCCGCUGUACAACAAGGUGCGGACGGGCCAGGUACCCAACUGCGCGGUGCCCUGCUACCAGCCCUCCUUCAGCCCCGACGAGCGCACGUUCGCCACCUUCUGGAUCGGCCUGUGGUCCGUGCUGUGCUUCAUCUCCACCUCCACCACCGUGGCUACCUUCCUGAUAGACAUGGAACGCUUCCGCUACCCUGAGCGCCCCAUCAUCUUCCUGUCCGCUUGCUACUUGUGCGUGUCUUUGGGCUUCCUGGUGCGCCUGGUCGUGGGCCAUGCCAGCGUCGCCUGCAGCCGUGAGCACAGCCACAUUCACUACGAGACGACGGGCCCUGCGCUCUGCACGGUAGUCUUCCUGCUGGUCUACUUCUUCGGCAUGGCCAGCUCCAUCUGGUGGGUCAUCCUGUCGCUCACCUGGUUCUUGGCAGCUGGCAUGAAGUGGGGCAACGAGGCCAUCGCAGGCUAUGCGCAGUACUUCCACCUGGCCGCGUGGCUCAUCCCCAGCGUCAAGUCCAUCACGGCACUGGCACUGAGCUCCGUGGAUGGGGAUCCAGUGGCUGGCAUCUGCUAUGUGGGCAACCAGAACCUGAAUUCGCUGCGCGGCUUCGUGCUGGGCCCUCUGGUGCUCUACCUGCUGGUGGGCACGCUCUUCCUCCUGGCAGGCUUCGUGUCGCUCUUCCGCAUCCGCAGCGUCAUCAAGCAGGGGGGCACGAAGACGGACAAGCUGGAGAAGCUCAUGAUCCGAAUUGGCAUCUUCACGCUGCUCUACACCGUGCCCGCCAGCAUCGUGGUGGCCUGUUACCUGUACGAGCAGCACUACCGCGAGAGCUGGGAAGCCGCGCUCACCUGCGCCUGCCCGGGCCCCGACACCGGCCAGCCGCGCGCCAAGCCGGAGUACUGGGUGCUCAUGCUCAAGUACUUCAUGUGCCUCGUGGUGGGCAUCACCUCCGGCGUCUGGAUUUGGUCCAGCAAGACGGUGGAGUCGUGGCGGCGAUUCACCAGCCGCUGCUGCUGCCGCCGGCGACGGGGCCACAAGAUGUCCAAGGUGUUUUAA